UCUGAGGUCAGACCGCGCUGGCGCUGCGAAUGGAGGGACGAUGGCUCUGUUUCCCGAUGAGGUGGAUGUUUUUACAGGACCACACUGGCGCAUGAAGCAGCUGGUGGGACUUUACAGUGACAAGCUGUCAAAGACCAACUUCUCCAACAUCAGAGAUUUCCGAUCAUUCCUGCAGUCGCUGCUCGCCACCUUCAAAGAGUUUAAGAUGCACGAGCAGAUCGAGAACGAAUGCAUCAUGGAUCUGCUGCAGCAGCGCAGUCAGACGGUUUAUCAUGUGCACGCUGACAACAAACUGUCUGAGAUGCUGACGCUCUUCGAGAAGGGACUGCGCAGUGUCAAGAGCGAGCAUGAGCAGCUGAAUUACGCUCGGCAGCUGAAGGAGCGACUGGAGGCGUUCACACAAGAUUUCCUUCCUCACAUGAAGGAGGAAGAGGAGGUGUAUCAGCCCAUGCUGAUGGAGUAUUUCUCAUAUGACGAGCUGAAGGCCAUAAAGAGGCAGGUGAUGUUACAGCACAGCAGUACUCAAUCCUGGAGCUCAGCCGCUGACGUGCUGAAGGGUUUGAACCUGUGGACUCAGGCCGAGGCGCUGCACAAGGCCUUCAAAUACUCUGAUCACGAGAAGACCGAAGAUGAGCGGGACGGCGAGCGCGUGUCUAUCUUUGCUCUGCCUCAAGAGGUUGUAUUGAGGGUUUUUCGGUAUCUGGGUCCAGAGGAUCUCUGUCGCUGUGGGCAGGUGUGCAGCACGUGGGCGCAGGUGGUAAAGACGGGCUCGCUCUGGAGACACCUGUAUCCCGUCCGCUGGGCUCGAAGUGAUUAUUAUUGCGGUCCGCCGAAAGAUCUGGACCAGGAGCCGGAUGAGGAUUUGGUAAAGGGCCUCCAGGAAGAAGGACGGGCCUAUCAAGAAUGGGACGAGGAUGCAGACGUUGAUGAAUCAGAGGAGGCAUCUGAGGGCUGUCCCGCUAUUAGUGCGGUUCAGAGAGAGAAGACACUGCUCAACGGAAUGAUCCAGAACCUUCUGCCCACUGUCGGCCCAUCUGUGCGCUCUCUCAGUCUGGCCUAUAGCUCGGCCGUCUCCAGUAAGAUGGUGCGACAGAUUCUCAGUUUUUGCCCAAAUCUGACUCACCUGGACCUCACACAGACUGACGUGUCUGACUCCGCCUUUGACAGCUGGGCGGAGUUUGGGGCGUGUCGUUCUUUGAAGCACCUCGAUCUGUCGGGCUGUGAUAAAAUCACCGACCGCACGUUGAAGAUUCUGUCCUUGGGGUUGGGCGACCUAACGGCCCACGCAAACUCCAGCAGAAGCAAGUGGCUCAAAGCCCCGCCCUUUCCAAUCAAACUUCAGGAAGAGCACUCCCUUCCACCAAUGGGACGCAGCUGCCAGGAGCUGAUUUUCAAACGGAGGCCCGGUGGGCGUGGCUUGGGAUGUGGCCCCAUUCACGUGUGGGUUCUGGAUCCAGCAGAACCAGCCGACAUCGAGGACGCUGCUGAUUGGAGCAGACGAGGAGGUGUGGUGUCCCAGGAAAGUGGGCCUGGGAGUGUUUUCGAGGUGCAGGGAGGGGGCAGGUCUUGCUGCUGCAGGAGGAGCCAGAGGCGGAGCUUCAGGACUGGUUUUAGCUCCUCCCACUGGCAAUACAGUUCUGUUGGAGAAGCCCGUUGUGGUCACUCCACCUGCUGUACCUCUGAUAUGGCUCUCUGGACUGUGAGAGAGCAGUGUGACUCGCCGGCCGCAGGAGGCGCUGUUGAUUUUUGGACUAAAUGCUCGUUUGAGGGCAACUCUUGUCCCGAGCGUCACAAUAGGACUGACAAAUCAGGAGCCUCUCGGGCGUUGGGGUUCCUCAGCCUGUCUGGAUGCUGUCAGAUCACAGACCUCGGCCUGAGGUGUCUCUCGCAGCGAGGUGGUCUUCCUCAACUGGAGCAUCUGAAUCUCUCUGGCUGUCUGCUCAUCACAGGGGCGGGGCUACACGAGCUUGUGUCUGUUUGCCCCGCCCUCAACAUGGAGCACUUCUACUACUGUGACAACAUUAAUGGUCCGCAUGCAGACACGGCCAGUGGAUGUCAGAACUUGCAGUGUGGCUUCAGAGCCUGCUGCCGGUCUGGAGAAUAAUCUGCUUUCCCCUCUCUCUCUCACAUUUUUCAUCCAUUUGCACUUUAAUUAAGAGGUCGGAUGCUCUGACUCAACAAUGUUUCCCUAAAUUCGAGACGUUUCUAUAGCAAGACAAAUUUGUCUUUGUAAGCGUAUUGCAGCUGCUUUGAGGUAUUCUGAAGGAACUAUACAGUGUAUAUUUGUAAAUAAUUCCUCCUGGUGGUCAGAAAGAGAAAGUGUGAGUGCUUUAAAAUUAGAUUCAACAUUGUGUUUAUUUUUUCCUUCUUUUAUUACCCUGCUGAAUAUUUCACAUGUACACUCACAGUCUGUGUAACUCAACCUGACGUUUCUAAUCAACCACGUAUUUUAGUUUUGAAGAAAAAAUCACACGGUUUGGGUUCUCGCGUUCUCGAGCGUGUUCAGAUGUUUGAUGCAGGAAUACUGUAUGGUUGCCAGAUAAUUGGAUUUAGAUUUCUUGUCUGAUGUCAGCAGGGUAAAGCUUUGACUGGUUAACAGUUUUGUUUGGGUUGUCGUGGCUAGAAUAUUCUCCUAUAUUCUUUAUUCUUUUUCAUGGGUUUUAGGUGCUGCAUGGUCUGAUUCUCUUAGUUCUGAUCAUUAAAAACAUGUUGCAAACAU